AUGCCAAAAUCAAGAAUCAAAGAAGAUCUUAUGACAGGCAUAAAUGCCUUUUUCAGCCAAGAUGCAAGUGCUGGACUUAGUAAAACACAUUAUAUGGAACUAUACACUUGUGUAUACAAUUUUUGUACUAAUACUGCAGAUAACCAAGAUACUUUGGCAGCUGGAUCAAGAGGCAGCAUGGCCAGUGCUGCUUCUGAACUAUAUUUGUGUUUGCGUCAUUUUCUAGAAAAUCACAUGGCUAAUCUCCUGUCUGGGAUGAAAGAUCUUUUAGCUGAAGAUCUGUUGCUGCAUUACACACAGUGCUGGGAAACAUAUCGUUUGAGGAUACACGUAUUAGAUGGUAUUUGUGGUUAUCUAAACAGACACUGGAUAAAACGUGAAGUUGAAGAAGGCCACAGGGAUAUCUUUGAUAUUUAUCACACUGGCCUCUAUGCAUGGGUUUGUGGCAUGUUCUGUCCACUAAGUGUUCAGUUGACAGAAGCAGCAUUAUCAUUAAUUGCUCGGGAGCGCCAUGGAGAAACAGUGAAGAAUAUUCAUCUGGUCCCACUUCUAGUACGUUGCAUGGUAGAAAUUGGUAGUAUCAAGAGCUUUGACAGAGAUGCUGAUACUCAGGGCACAGAGCAGUGUCAUCUGUAUUUUUAUCGUCGAUAUUUUGAACUUUAUUUCAUUGCAGAAACUCAACAAUUCUAUAACUUGGAAUGCGCUGAUUUCUUGUUUCACAAUCCUGUAUCCAGGUAUGUUCGCAGAGUGGAGCAGCGUAUCCAAGAAGAAAAGAAGCGUGUAAAUCUGUAUUUACAUCCUUCUACUGAGAUACCAUUAAUUGAAUGCUGUGAGAAGAUAAUGAUCUCUAGGUAUAUUGAGCAGUUGCGUUUAGAAUUCCAGGCACUUUUGCAAAAGACAUCCAGUAAUGACGUAACUGAGGAACUUCGAAGAAUCUAUCAGAUUGUAGUACGUGUUCCAAAACACAUUAAACUUUUUACAGAUCUGUUAGAGGAACAGGUAAUUCAGGAAGGUAAUGCAGAAAUUGAGAAACAGGAUGCUGAUGUUUCUCCAAUUACCUAUGUUCAAGCACUUUUGAGGGUUUACAAAAGAUUCAGUACUACGAUAGCAGAAGCAUUUUUAAAUAAUGGUGCAUUUGCUGCAUCACUUGAUAAAGCUUGCAAACAAUUUGUUAAUGAUAAUGCAGUCACGCGUGCUGCACCUACGCAUCAGUCAAAAUCACCUGAACUGCUUGCUCGUUACUGUGAUGUCAUUUUGCGGAAAGGGCCAAAAAGUUCAGAAGACGAUGACAUUGAGGAUAUGCUCAAUGAGGUUAUGAUUAUUUUUGCCUAUGUAGAAGAUAAGGAUGUUUUUCAGAAAUUUUAUGCAAACAUGUUGGCACGUAGACUUGUAGCAGGAUUAUUAACCAAUGAUGACGCUGAAGCAGCAAUGAUAUCCAAAUUGAAGCAAGCAUGUGGUUUUGAGUAUACUUCAAAGCUGCAACGUAUGUUCCAGGAUAUGGACUUAUCAAAGAGUCUUAAUGAAGGCUUUAGGGAAUGGAACACCAGAGACGAAGAAAAAAGUAAUGGAGUGGAUUUCAGUAUUCUGGUAUUAUCCUCUGGCUGCUGGCCAUAUCAGAUUUCAGUCCAGGAAUUUAUUGUUCCAACAGAAUUACAAAACCCAAUACAGCGCUUCACUCAGUUUUACACUACACAACACAGUGGUCGUAAACUUAUCUGGAUGCAUUCACUAUCACGUGGUGAGCUUGUAACUAACUGUUUCAGCAUGCGCUAUACAUUACAAACUUCGACAUUUCAGAUGGGUGUUUUAUUACAAUUUAAUGACCAGUUGUCAUGGACUGUAACUCAGUUAAUGGAGUCAACUGGAAUCUCUCAGGAUGUAUUGAUACAGGUUAUAAGAAGUUUAAUCAAGGCAAAGCUGCUUGUUGUAGAUGAUACUGAUGAUAGCAUUGAAUUAGAAACAACAGUCAAUCUGUCCUCUGUUUAUCAUAACCGCAAAGUCGUAGUUAAUAUAAAUCUACCAACAAAAGGGCAGCUGACUAAGGCAGAACAAGAAAAAACACACUGCAACAUUGAUGAAGACCGCAGAGUACUGAUUCAAGCAGCGAUUGUGCGUAUUGUUAAGACAAGGCGCACUAUAAAACAUCACCAGUUGGUAGCUGAAGUGCUGGAAUUUUUUUCCUCUCAGUUCCACCCUGAUGUACAUACAAUUAAAAAAUGCAUUGAUAUACUGAUUGAGAAAGAAUAUCUGGAGCGGUCUGAGACAGAGAAGGAUACAUAUAAUUACUUGGCAUGA